GCAGCGGGGCGAGCUAGCGCGGCCCUCCGGGAGCCUGGAAGCAGCCCGCGGGUGUGCGUGUGGCCCCCGCCCGAGGCUGCCCCUCCGCCUCUGCUGGAGCUGAUCCUGCGCGGGCGGGGGGGGGGUGCUGGGUCCAGCUGGGCUGCGUCAGGUUCCCAUCACAGCUUCUUCUGUUUCGCUCAGACUCCCACUCAAUGGGCUGUUGUUGAAACCAGCGAUGCUUUCAGGCAUUUUUAGCAAAUGCUUGAUUGUUUCCUGGCAAUCACCCAGGCAGCCUUUUCUUUCCUUUUCCUUUCUCUCUCUUUCUUCUUCUUCUUCUUCUUCUUCUUCUUCUUUUUUGAAGCAGCAGCAGCAUACCUUGGCUUCUCUAAUUUCCCAGCCUCCAUAAGUUUACUCCGAGGGCUUUUCCAAAGGGCUUUGCGUCUGGCAGGCAAAUCUUGGGUUUGUCCAGAGUUGCCGCUCGGUGCGUCCCUCCCGGGAAUAAGAGUCCCCGUUGCGUUCCGUGGGACCUCCUUCUGAGUAAAUAUGCCGAGGAGGUAUUAAGAAAGAAAACGGACGUCAAGGUGUCUGCUUCACAGUUCCGCCGGCGAGACCGACUGGGCUCAAUUUCAGUUGCUCUUUUCCCCAGCCUGGAAUGUCCUUGAGAACAUCCACUUGGAAACUGUGAAUAGUCUUUUCUCCGUGAAACAAAAUAUUCCAGGAAAUGAUAGAGAGCGACAUUUCCUCCAUAAUGUCUGGCCUCCUUAGGAACGUGGGCCAGAGUCACCACCCUUCUCCACAGGAAUACAGACUCUUGGCUUCUGACCCUUCGCAGUUGAGUGAAGACGACCUCCCCAGCGACUUACAGUCCCUCUCAUGGCUGACAUCCGUUGAUGUCCCUCGGCUGCAGCAGAUGGCCAGUGAAAGGAUGGAUUUUGGCAUCACUUCCCAGAAUGCAAUGCUGCAACAGACUGGUUCCAUGGCAGGGAAUAUGCACCACCCCUCAGCGGCUCCCGGCACAAUGAUUCACAUCCAGGCCGGUCUGCCUCAGGGCAUUCUGGGGCUGAACGCAGUUUCAUCACAUGGAGCCAAUAUCAGCCAGUAUGUGGUCAGCGGGCAGCUGUCUCCCAGCCUGCAGCCCCAGCAGGCCCCCCUCUUCCCUCCUCCCCCUCGCCACACGCAGCAGGUGUUCACCAUCACCCACAACGCACAACAGUGUUCCCCAGCGACAAUAUACAGUGCCUCCUACGGAGCGCAGCCUCCUUACUCCCAGCCCCGCCUUGCUCCCCACGCUGCCCAAGACCUGCACGCCAAACACUACCCGAAGCCCAUCUACUCCUACAGCUGCUUGAUUGCCAUGGCCCUGAAGAACAGCAAGACCGGCAGCCUCCCCGUGAGCGAGAUCUACAGCUUCAUGAAGGAACACUUCCCCUACUUCAAGACAGCUCCUGACGGCUGGAAGAACUCCGUCCGCCACAACCUGUCCCUGAACAAGUGCUUUGAGAAGGUGGAGAACAAGAUGAGCGGCACCUCGCGCAAGGGCUGUCUGUGGGCCCUCAACCCCGCCAAGAUAGACAAGAUGGAGGAGGAGAUGCAGAAGUGGAAGAGGAAAGACCUGGCCGCCAUCCACAGGAGCAUGGCCAACCCAGAAGAGCUGGACAAGCUGAUCACCGACCGGCCGGAGACCUGCAGGAGGCCCAGCAAGGCGGCAGAGGCCGAAAGCCACUCGCUGAGCCACGUGGCGGCCGCCCAGGGCCGCAUGGCGCAGCGGCAGCCCCAGCCCGUCAUGACGCUGUCCCUGCAGCCCCUGCCGCGGCACCCCCAUCUCCAGGCACAAGCCUGCAUGGCCCCCGAGUCGCCGGCUCCCGCCCAGACCCCUCCUCUCCACGCCCUGCGCAAGGUCAGCCAGAGCCCCCUCCCGCAGCACCCGGUACGGCGGGCGCCCGACUUCUUCAGCCUGACGACUGACAUGAGCACGGAAGUGGAUGCUCUGGACCCCAGCAUCAUGGACUUCGCUCUGCAAGGGAACCUCUGGGAUGAGAUGAAAGACGAAAGCUUCAGCCUUGAGACCCUGGGGGCCUUCAGCAACUCCCCGCUCCCCCUCUCCGACUGCGACCUCGCCCCAGCUGGCCUCACGCCCGUCUCCAGCAGCAGCGACCUCUCCUCCUUCUCCGACUUGCAGGUGACGGGCCUCUACACCACCUACACCACGCUGGACCCCAUUGCCUCAGCACAGUACAUCCACACCCCAGGGAACAAGCCCAUUGCCCUGCUCUGAGGGCUGGACUCCCCUCUGCCCCCCUCCCGCCCCCCCUCCUCUUCCGGCUCCUACUGCGCUUGUCAGCCUGCCGGUGCCUUCUCGGUGCUGCCCUUAAACGGAGGCAGCCAAGAACUUUGCGGACUUCUCUUCCUCUUCUCUCCUCAGCCGGAUCAAGCAAGGCAUUGGGGCAAGAUGCCAUUGUGUGGUGCUGAGGAGGACACUACAUGAAGGGAUUCUAGUGAGCAGCGGCUCUUGCAAAAACCUCCAGAGGCCUGCUUGGAAAGGGAGAGUCCUAAAAACCCGAUGCCAGGGACCGCACCAAUCCUGUGUGCAGAAGGCGGGGUGGCUGGCUGCUUCCUCCGGAGCUUGUCAAGGGCUCCCCCAAAUGACUCGUGUUUCCUCCCUGAGCUCCUUAACCUCGGCCAGCAGUGGCUGCACGCUGAAGAAUCCAAUGCAAGGUGGCCCUGCGGUCUUCUGGGCAAGGGAUACUUUGUGCCUGAGACAGGCUUGCUGCUGCCUCCCUGAAGCAUUUCCCGGCCCCUCAUGAGAGCACGGACCCCCCACCCACCCACCCCCACCCGCCCGAGGCGUGCAUCCAGGUGGCCAACUAAUUCUGAUGGUGCGUUGCAGCCGCCCUUGGCAUGUAUUGACUGACUUCGGGCAAGGACGGGAGAGGCUUCCGAAGGGACGCAAAGCCUGCAGCCAGAGAACUGCCUGGGGAAGUCCAAGCGAGAUGCCACCUGCCACCACCACCCCUCGAGGCCCCCCCCCCCCCGCUGCAGGGAGCUGCCACUGUUGGCGGAAUGCCUCUCUCGGGGUCUAGAUGCUGAGCCAAGGAUCCCCUCUGGGGUGGUUUUGCCUCUGUCUCCCUUGCCCCAAUUCUGUCUCCUCAAGCCCCUGCUUUUCAGGCUACUGCCUGUUUUGUGUCCCACCCUGUCAUGCUUUACUAGCACUCACACCCCUCCUGCUUGAAAGCACUGUGAAAUUUCUUCUCUCUGUGAUUUCUGCCUCCGUUCCCUGUCUUCUCCAUUGUCCCUUUGUUCUCGGUUCCUCCUUCUUGGUCCAUUGCCAAUUCCACACCUGGCCCUUCAUCUCUCUCGCCUCUGAGCUCCCUAUCAGCUGUCCCUACCUCCUGUGUCCUCUGCUAUUCCUUGUGGAAGAUUGUAAUCCCAGCCAAACGGACAAUGUCCACUUCCCUCACAGAAGUUGGCUUAGAGGGCCUUUAGCUUCCAGAGACGUAACAUUCAGGGCCAGCAUGGUGGGCGGGGGGGGGGGGGGGCAAUGAAAGAGAGGCCUUUUAUAUCAAGGGAGGGAAAGGACUGGUCCCAUGAUGGAUCACAAAUUAAAUGAUGAACUUUACACUGGGUAGAAUGUUAGGAUUAACACCUUUAUCUUAGACUGUAAACAAAGGGGGGAGUUUAGGAUUGAUUCUCUAGGCUCUUGUAUAGCAUUUCUUAAUUCUUGUGCUAGGCAGUAUUACUGUUUGUAAAUUUUUAUUUAUAUUUAUUUUUAUGAAGACAAUUGUGUACUGAGCACUGACUAUUUUUUAAACCUUGCAGUCACUAUUUUGUAUUAAUUUAAUUAUUCAGAACCACAGCAAAACAGCAUAAAUUUUAGAACUGCGA